CCAGCCGCCCCAGCACCACGAGCACCAGCAGUACCCCCCAAGGUGAUGUUUCUGAUAUGGAAACUGUUGUACCUGCACCGGUUUCUUCAGACGAGGGACAUGACGCUACUGCAGCAAUGCAAGAAGAGGCCGUGCAUCUUCAAAACGACGAGCAAAAGGAACCUACUGGUUGAGGAGCAUAGCCAGGAAGAUGCAGGUGAUGUUCCUGCUAUGGAAACUGCACAGGUUUCCUUUGACGAUGAAAAUGAUGAUACUGAAGAAAUAGAAGAGGAGCAGGGUCAGGAAGACGAAGGUCGUGUGGAAACUGUUGUGCCGGUUUCUUCAGACGGGGCAAGUGGUGGUACCGAAGAAAUGGAAGAAGAGGACCAGCAAGCGGUUGUUUCUGAUGCGGAAACUGUUACGGUUUCCUCGGACGAAGGAGCUGAUGAUGCUGCUCCUCCGUGCCGCGCGAGCCAAGACCUCGCCUCCCCGCUCGCCACCACUGGGAUGAUUCUGCACCAAGUCGGUCUUGUUGGGCACAAUCCUGUUAUGGAGAAGCUUAAGAUUUCCGACACCAUUGCUCCUAUGUUCUCUGGAGAUGUUGGCCUGGCUGACCUGUUGGUGGGACUAGAUUGUGUCUGCUUCUACCGGUAUUCUAUUUGUGCUCCACCCGAAAUCUAUUUUGCACUGCCAAGUUCUUGAAACGAAGCGCUCACUGCUCGACCAUUUCUUUACUAAACUGGGAGCAACAGAGAUGGAGAGGGUGCUCAAGGAUGAUGCCAUCCAGGAGAAGGGCGAGCGCGCCAGGAUGGUGAUUUGUUUCUUGGAAUUUGGAAGAGGAAGACGAUGAAGUGUGGUGGUUAUCUAUCAAUAUGCCUUGUGUUCUGGUUGUACUUCAUAGCUUUCAUUGUAUUUUGUACUGGUCUGGUUGUAUGAACAGUAUGUAAAGAUUGUAAUAGGCUAAUUUUGGCUAUCAUUUCAAGUAUAUAGUUCUGUUUCAUUUGAAAUAUUUGUCAUUUAUGUACUGUGAAAAUGUGAGAAAUAGAAAGUUGAUGAGUUG